AACUGUCUGUCCGUACACUAGUCAAAGCUCGCGGCUGCAUCGGUUUCUUUGGAUUUUGAUUCUGCUUGCUUAUUCGCCGUUUAUUUCGUACAAACGAAAUGUCAUCGACAGCAGCUCCCGCACCCGCACCGCCACCACCUCCACCAGCUGCUGCUGCGGCCGCUGGAAAGGGCAUUCACACAAAGAUAUACAAUGGCAUGAUUGGCGUCUGCGACAAAUUUGUGCCAGCUAAAAUGCGCCCACUUUGGAUGCAUCCUGCAGGUCCAAAAACCGUUUUCUUCUGGGCACCGAUUUUUAAAUGGGGCCUUGUCAUUGCUGGGUUAAGUGACUUGACUCGUCCGGCGGACACAAUUUCCGUAGCAGCUUGCGGUGCACUGGCUGCCACAGGCAUUAUCUGGUCACGUUAUUCGCUGGUGAUUAUACCCAAAAAUUACAGUUUGUUUGCUGUCAAUUUGUUUGUGGGACUGACGCAGUUGGUACAGCUGGGACGCGCCUACAACUACCAAAUAGAGCAGGAAAAACUGAACAAGGAGAAGGAGGAGAAGCCAAUUGUUGCUCAGUAAACCAUAGUACACAUUUGAAAACUCCUAAUGAUGUGAACACGCACAACGUACAUAUGUCGCAUAUCGCACCAUUGCGUUUUAUAUUAAGUUGUGCUUUAGUUUAAGCGACUGACCAUUUUUUUAUUAGUCAGAUAUUGUUGCCUUAAAAAACGUGAUUCUUGCUGCUUAAGUUUGUAAAUGUUUGAGGCUCCAAGUAUAUUUUUAAUUACAUGUAAUAGUUUAAUAGAAUUGUUGUGAUUUUUGUCAUAAACACAAGAGAAAAUAAAUAUAAAUGUA